GUCAGUGUGGACUUAGGCUACAUAAGAUGGAGAUCCAUUUGCCUAGUUUGCCAUUGAUGAAAAUACUCUCCUAUCUGGAUGCCUACAGCUUGCUACAGGUUGCCCAAGUGAAUAAGAACUGGAAUGAACUUGCAAGCAGUGAUGUCCUGUGGAGGAAUUUGUGUCAGAAGAGAUGGCUCUACUGUGACCUGGUCACCCUAAAGCUCCAGGGCAAAGAGACAUGGAAGCAGUUCUUCAUUUACCGAACAUGGCAAGAACAUGCCAAGACCCGGGCAAAGCCAGAAGAUUUCACUUACAAGGAAAUUCCUUUGGAGUGUGGAUUUUAUGGAUAUGCAUGUUAUAUCUCAGGGUGUGGCUUAACAAGAAAUGGACAAGGCAGGUCAGUCAUCUGUAUGGUGAGUUCCAUGAACACAAUUUCCACCUGGGAUAUUCACAAGAGUGUUAUAACCUGGGUAAGCCCAGUACAGCCGGCCAGUAUCAACCUGUUGACUACCCUCCCUGAGAUGCACAUUGCGGUCACUGUAGAUAUAAGAUCAACUAUCAAACUGUGGGACUGUCACAGCAGGGAAGCUCUGGCAACUAACAACCUGGAAUCUCCAUGCAAAUCACUGAAAGCUGUCAUUUCCAAGGAUUACCCGAUGGUCUUGGCAGGCGAUACCUUGGGUAACCUCUACAUCUUCAGGAUUCCUGACUUACACCUCAUUUCCACAGUCAAUGUCUUCCCACAUGGUUUUGAUGAUAUCUCCUGCUCUCCUCAGAAGAAAUGGGUCUUACUGAGUAAGAACCACCCACAUAUUUUACCAAAGGUGUUUUACAUGAACAGCUUUCUGAGGACAUCAGAAUUCUCUGACCCAGUCUCUACCAUUCUUGAAUUUUCCUUAUGCCAAGCAGUCUUCUGGACCCCAAGAAGGGAAGACAGGAUAACCCUGAUGUCCAGAAGUGGUUUCCCCCAAAUCACAAAGUUUGCAACAUUUGAUAUGAAGCUGGAAGAAAUCAGGAACAAAGUAACUGUUCAAGGAAAGUUGAUAGCAAGCUUCUUGUUGCCAUAUCACGAGGAGAGCCCGAACUGGAUUGGAGUCAGUGAUAAGGACGUGAUUGUUUUUUCAACUGAAUUCUCUCUCUUGCUCUUCAGCAUGAACGGUGUCCAUCUGCAGACAUUUCAGUACAUCCCAGAAAUGAUCAUGAGACUCUGUGUGGACCCGGUUCAUGUCAUCGUCACCUGUAACGAUGGCUCUUUGGAUGUGUACGCAUGGGAGGAGAGAAGCCCCCUGCUCAGGAAGUGUUAUCGGCUGCAAAAUAUGAGACAUCUGUCACUGUACGGCUUCAUUAACAAUUUGCUAUGUGACGAUGUGAGCAUAGUUCAGUUGGUGAGAGAUGGUCAUGCCCCCUACUCUCUGAUGGCAUAUGCCUUGAACAUCUACUCUUGAAAACUGAGUGGGUCGUGUGUUCUCUUCCUCAAUGAUAAUAAAGGUCUAUUUGCAAGCCCAGG